UCCUGGGCGUAUUGUAUCAUGUCCUGGACUUCCUCAUCUAGUGCUUGUUUCUGGGUGUUUUCAUCUCAUCUGACUGCCUCCAAACCAAGAUUGCCCUUCUCAUUCCUUCCUAGUUCCCUGAUUGUCACUUUGAUCUGCUUCUUCACAAGUUAAUUGCUCAUUCCUGGUCUUUUUUGCCCAUCUUUUUGGGUUCUUUUGUUGCUUUUAUCUCAAAGAUUGAACAACCUGGGAUCAUCCGAAUUCCUCAUGAAAGACCCAGAUAUGGGUGUUCCCCAUUUGUUCAGAUGCCCAAUUAGCCUAGACUUGUUCACCGACCCGGUCACUCUGUGCACAGGCCAGACCUACGACCGGUCAAGCAUAGAGAAGUGGCUCGCUGCUGGUAACCUCACCUGCCCUGUCACAAUGCAGAGGCUCCACGACCCGUCCGUCGUCCCGAACCACACUCUCCGGCAUCUGAUAGAGCGGUGGCUCCGAUUGGGCCGCGAAGCUGGCCCCGAUCACUUCGAGACGAUCGAUCCUGACCGUUGCCUCAUCGCCUUGAGACAUGGCCUCGAGGCCCCUGAGUCCACCUUAGUUGACAAGGUUCACAUGGUCGGCAGAGUUCAGGUUUUGUCUGCGGAAUCUCCCUUGAAAUGUGCUGCUUUUCUCCGGUUGGGAUUCUUGCCGAUGCUGUUGGAGCUAAUUUUCGGGAACGAGGAUUCAAGAGCAUCUUCCACUCCGAGUCCUGAUCAGGUGCACUUUGUGGACCAAGCUCUAUCUUGUACAUUGCAACUGUUGGACUUCGGUGAGCUUCAGUGUCUCAAUAUGCUCAAAGAACAGUCAAAAUUGGCAUCAUUCCUAGCACUAUUCGAGCAUGGAACAGUCACCAUCAAGAUCAGUUUGUGCCGACUUCUCGAGACAAUGUCGUCAUCUUUCGAGACCAAAGAGCUCUUCACUACGCUUGGCCAUAGACUCCGACUGUUACGAGGAAUGAUCCUGCUCCUCCACCAAAAUCCUGAGGUCUCCGUGGUGGCAAUCAAGGCCGUAUCGUCUCUAUGUUCUCUGGAGUCAAUCCGAGAAAUCUUGCUGCGAGAAGGCCUGAUCGACGGUCUCCUCGCGUACAUCUCACGGGCCAAGACACAAGAGAGAGCACCAGCGGCACCAGCGGCACCAUCGGCAAUGCAACUGCUCGAGCAGCUUCUAGGAAUCGAGAAGGCGAAAAAGGCGAUCCUGGAUGACCCACAGGGCAUAACUAGUGCUCUGGUCGAGACGUUGUUCAGAGUAUCGGAUCAUGGAGGGAGCGAGAGCGCAGUGAACUCGCUCAUCCUCUUGUGCUGUGAUUCAUCAGAGGCAAGAGAAGCUGCGCUAAAAGCAGGAGUUCUGACUCAGUUGCUGCUGCUUCUACAGAGCCAAUGUGGUGAUACGACCAAGACGAAGGCCAGGAUGCUUCUCAAGCUGCUUAGAUCAUCUAAACCAUACAAUAUGCAAUGAGUAACUAAGCUAUUUAAUCUCUACUUUGUGUUUCUGACUAUCAAUUUGACUAACUAAUAUUCUUAAUUUUGC